AUGGGACCUCCCGAUACAAGGAGAAGGAACAAACGGUGCGAGUACCACAAGGACCAUGGUCAUGACACCGCCAAUUGUUAUGCAUUAAAGAACCACCUAGAGGAGCUGGUACAAGACGGCCGGCUGGCGCAACACGUCCAAAAGAAUAAUCCAUCGAACACGGUAGCCCUACGGCCGGAUUCACCUCCACUUGGUGUAAUUCACAUGAUAUACAACCUUCCGUCGUCAGCCAAGGUACAUACAAUUCAGUUGCAACCUAGCCUACAUAAGCCAAUCACACCAGCAAAACGGCGCCAUGAAACUAGGAGGAUUAGUUUCAAUGUCACCGACUUAGUUGGAGUAACUCUCCCCCACACCAAUCCCCUCGUCAUCGAGCUAUGCGUAAACAGAUUCACCAUUGAACUUGUUCUCAUUGAUCAGGGAAUCACUUCGAAAAUCAUGUAUUACAAAACGUUUGUUAAACUUGGCUUCACUAACUUGGAUUUGUCGCCGACCGACUACCCAUUAUUCAGCUUUAACGCUAGCCCCAAGUAUCCUUUGGGCAAUAUCACACUACCAGUUCGGGUGGGCACCAGAUCAGUAGAUGUAGAAUUUAUGGUUGUCAAACUUCCGUCACCAUACGAUCUCAUCAUGGGAAAAAUUUGGUUGCAUACCAUGCAAGCUGUGCUAAGCACCUACCAUCAAUUACUUCUUUUUCCGACUGACUAUGGCAUUGAACAAAUUCGGGGUUCUCAAAAAUUGGCACAAGCAUGCUACCUUGUUGUUGCUGCAAAGAGACCAAAAGAACUGGAAGUGAAUUCGAUUGAAGUACCGAAUCGAGAGAGCUUCAAGAACAUUGGGAAGAUCCCCAGUGAAAAGGCAACUUAG